ACCUUUUGUUUAGAAGAAAAAGGGAAAAAUAGAGACUGAAUAAGCUAGUGCGUUUCCAUGUCUAUUCCUCAGGAAUGAAAGGAGCCCUGGCGAUGACACGUUUUAUUUGCAUUGCAAUUGAUUUCGACAUUUUCAAUUCCAAUUAUGACUAAACUGUUAAAUAAUAUGUUUUUUUCACUUUGGUCUAGCUGUCGAGUCAAAAUAACGUACAAGUUUUUGUUUUUUGUUUUGUUUUUACUAGAUUAUACUCGUUACCAAAGAUUUCUGACGCAUCAAUAUCAAAUGGGACAAACCAAAAUAAAUUGUCCGGUGCUCGACCACGCAGCGACUCGAUUUUUAAUGAUUAUCAUUUAUGAAUACGCAACCGAAACGGUCACGUGUACGAAAAGUUUCGCCAUUUUCAUAAGAGCGUAUAAUAGUGCCCAGACAUUGCUCAAGCUUACUUGAACUUGAUACUUGUUUUUUCGACUGCUUUUUGCGCGUAUAUAUCGCAAGCUGCCUUUGUUUUUAUAGCGUCUUAACAAUGGAUCAACGAAUACUGUGAAUUUUUUUUCUCAAUAUUUUAUACGAAAAUACUCGUCGACGAAAGUCGUAUUUCAGUAUGUUUGAAUACAAACGUAAUUUAUAAAAAAAAAGAAAAAAAACAGAUAUUAUACUGCUUGCAGGUGAGUUUAAGCGUAAGGCCAGUCGAAGCCGAUAACACAAUGAAUCGCUCGUUGUCAAAUUAAGAUAAAAAAGUCGAUAAAGUUAAUUAAUUUACGUCGAAAAAUCUGAGCGGCCAAUAGGAGCUCGAACUUAUCUCUCGUAAUAAGUCGAGCACGAGAUGCCAAAGCUCGAGUACAAACAUUUAGUCCCGCGAGAUAUAUGCUGAUUCGAGCUUAUCAUCGUCAUCAUCGAGGUCUUUUUCGCUAUCGACAACGACAUCGUAUGCGAAACGAUACGAUAGACAGAGUCGAUCAAGUUUGGUACAUGGAAGCAUAAAAAAGUCACGACGGUCGGUGGAACGAAGCGCUAGAACACAAAGUGUUUAGGUGAAGGUGGGGUGCUGCGUCAUUGCAACUAAGCGGCGGGUCCUCCACCUUCGCUCCGUCCGUCUCUCUCUUUCUCUCGCUCGACAGUCGACGCUCACUACGUUACAUAUAUAUAUUUGCUCGGUUUGCGUGCGUCGGACUCGUAUAUGCUCCGACUCGCUCCGACUAGGACGCCGACUAGCGGCUGUCUCCGGCUACAGUCAGCAGCAGCAGCGAACUCGACCCAAGCUGCCUCGAGCUUGGUCCGUACGUCAGUGUGUGUUGUGGUACUGCUUCGGCCAGUCGACCGGCUGGCUGCUCCGGAUUUGCGCUUCGAGUGCGCUGUCAUACAUCUAUUAUCCACACACACACACACACACACACCCUCGCACACGCACACGUUGACGCGUGUGUGGGAAAGCGUCGCUUUUUAACCGAGCCGAAAAUUCAUUACUGCCCGAGCGCGCGUAUCGAUAGUGAGCACGCGCGCGAUUGUUGUAUAACAACAUAAGAAAAAGAAUCGCCGAGGAGGUCGUUGCACUCGAGUUGCCAAGAGCGCAGAGAGCUCCGAUCAACGUCUCCUCGUCGUGCUUACCACCUAGUGCUGCAGUGUCGGUGUCGGUGUGCAUGUAGCUUCGUGUGUGGUGACUGUGUGUCCAAGUGCAAAAGUGUGGCCGUGCGCUGCGCUUUAUACCACAGAAAACAAGUGCAGCGCGAGUUUACAUGUAGUAUACGUGCAACACCAUGGGUGCAUGAGAAUCGCAGCGCUCCUCUAGCAGUCGCUCGUAUUAUACUCGUUCUAUAGGCAGUAGCUGCAGCAGAGAGCGCAGCACGCAUCGUACGCGCAGUAAGGUAACAAAGGGUGCCAGUCGCGCACCAGCACAGCAGCGAGAGCGAGAGAGAGAGAGAGACAAGUGCAGUCGAUGAAGCAAACGCUCGCGGUGCCGCUGCUACUGCCGCUGCUCCGAUGAAGAGACUCCGAGGAGCUCUGAGCUGACUGAAGCUUCGAGUCGUCGGUCCCAAGCCCUUGUUCGGCCGUCUCGUCGACAAUACGACAGAGUCGAUUGCGGAAGCCCAAGUUGCUGCUGCUGCUGCUGCUGCUGCACCGACGACCAUUGACAGCCAUAAUAACAACAACGACAGCAAUAACAGCCGUACUCUAGCCACCAUCAUGACUUACGGCACGAAUUUCUAUCAUCAUAACGACAACGUCUCCUCGGACAAGUGCAGAUUUGAGAAUGAAAACGGCGACAGACCAUGCCACGCGUCACCGGAGGAAACCAUCCUGAACAACAUCAACAACCGCCACAGCAUAGGCAACGGUAGCAAUGGAACAGGAUUAGGAUCGAAAUUGAAAUGUCCGGCUUCGAUAUCGCGCCUGAAAGUGGAGAAAAUCGAGGGUGGCCUGAUGGUGGCUGGCGUCGUGGUCGCCGCCAACUGUCAGAUAGCCCUGCCGGCCUUUGGUUUUCUCUUCGUACUCGCCGGCGCCGUUCUCACCGCUGCAUCGUAUCGAGGUCCUGGCGAGGACGAGGAUAAAAAUUCCUACGCCGCUCGGAUCGCCUUCACGGGCAACUCGCGAGUCCUCGGGCCCAUCUGCAUCGCCGUCGGCCUUCUCAUGCUGCUCUGCGGCUCGCUGCUCUGCAUGUUGACUCGCAGGGCGCGUCGACGCGAGCGAAGGGUCGGCUUUCACUGUCCACUUCACGGCGACUUUUAUCCUCUCAACUCGUCCCAAGGUGUCAAGCUAGUCGGCAAGAGCAGCUGGAUGAAGAUACCGUGCUUCGGAUCCAACGGCAAAAAGCUCGACUCGCAGGUGGGACCGCCCCAGUGUCCGCACUCGGUCCUCAGCAGCACCCGGAGCUCCGUCAGUAGUUCACCGCUGAGCCCUUGUCCGACACCGAUGCCGUUCCUCGUCACGUCUGGAUCUAUAAGUGGCAUGCACAUAAGCGCUGCGGCGAAUAUGUCACCCGACCAGACAUUCGGAUCCAUUCGGUCGCUCUCAGUCACUCGAGAAGUCGCUAGUUUUCCUCUCUCGAGGACUCCCACACCGCCGCCUCAGCAUAGAACAAUGGGUGUAAACAGCGAAGAUCUGGAAAAUCCAAUAAUUAGCGAGCCGAGUCCUCGACCGGUGUUACACAACGACAACGCGUCGAGCAAUGCUGAUAAAAAUCACCAUUGCACGAUCGACGUUCAGCCGUUGCAGCAGCAGCAGCAGCAGCAGCAGCAGCAGCCGCAACAACCGCAACAACAUCAGCAGCAACAACGCAAAUCCGUUGUCAUUGUUCUACCAAACGAGCAGCCAAUCAACGCUUGAAUCAACGCGUUAAGCGGCCAAACAACAACUAGCCCAGGCUCUGUUCGACGGCCCGUCUUUACUCCCCUACUCUUCGAUUAAUUUACACAAAAAAAUUCGUUCGUAGCUUCGAAGACUGUUUUAAAGAUACAAUUUAAUAUACGUACGUGCGUUAUUAUACAAUAUUAAUAAUACUGCGUAAGACUGAAAAAAAAACAAAAAACGUAUAUAAUCAAAGGAGCCUACGUUACAAUUAUGUAAUUGUCGUUUCGCCUAAUUGCUAUGGUAUCUCUGCUCUACGUGUGUAAUGCAUAUACUAUAAGGGAGAAGAUUUCGCGAGGAUGAGCAAUUUUUAAUCCAGAUUAAAAACGGCCGUACUGUAUGUUUCGAAUCGAAAUUUGCGUUUAAAAUGUUGUGUUGCAUCACGCUUGGAGUGAUACAAAAGCGAAUUUAUUUGUACGCUCGGCGCGUCGACCUACGGCCGUAAAAUCUCUUUUUACUUCGUUCAUGUAAUGAUGUAUGUGGAUAGUUAAACCCUAGUCUUGUAAAUAUUCUUAAUUAUAACAUUUAUCGAACAAAUUGCGAGCGAGGAUAAACGUAUCUUUUAAGUUUUUUUUUUGCUUUUUUCGUUGUACAACAUUUCUCGUGAUAAAGUGUGAUUCGUUUUACGAAUCAACCAAAUGAAAUGUCAAACAGGGGAAAAAAUUGAUCGUCUCGAUUGUAUCAAGAAUCUCGCUCUCUUCGAUAUAAACAUGUAAAAUUAAGCUUUUAAGUUUGACAAUACUUUGUAUUAAAUGUAAUCGGUAACAAAUUUCGACUGUUUCUUUCGAGCUAGCGUUGUGCGUUUAUUUGUCACUUGUUUAAAGCGAGGAAUUAUUUCGUUUGCGUCCGUUGGACUAGAAAAAAAGUCAGCCAAGUAUUAAACAAAGCGUAUCAGCGAGCGUCGCCAAUUUAAAUCUAAAGUUUCUGAAAAUUUUCGGGCUCGUGCCAAAUAAAACACGCUCGACCUGCGACACACUACGUGCAAAAAGUUAAGAUGGUGCAGGCGCGUGGCUAUUAAUUUUCAUUGGUGUCAAACCGAGAGUAAGUUUUGGCUGCACGUAAUGAGGUGUGAAUAUUUUUGGUCACAGCACGAAGACGUAAUCGAAGAAUCAUCACGAAAUCGUCAUUUUUGUCUAGUUCUAAAAUAUCCUUGUCAUGCAAGCAAAAGGGGAAUGAAAAAUGAUUGCCAAAUGACUACAGACUUUUUACUAAAUGAAAAAAAAAUUGCUCGAUGUUGGAUGUAUUAACAUUAAAAUAGCUGUAACGUUAAAAAAAUUGUAUAAUUAAAUACCGAACUCGCGAAUCGACGUCGCAUUUUAUUAUAUGUUUGAAUUGAAUGUGUCUCUCGUACACAUGGUAUCGUCACUUUCAGUUGUACAUUGUUGAUCUAUUAAUUUUUUUCAAUUCUCAAAUAAUCGUGCAAUAAAUUCACAGUAAUCUAGUUUCUACGAUCGGUGAAUUUAAUUUUUAAGAAAUCUAUCCAUAAGUAUUAGCAUAUAAGUUUUGCGUUUAACGACGAGAUUCCUUGCUUCGAUUUGAACGAUGUAACGUCCAAUGCAAUGAAUAUUUAUUUAGACAUACAAAAACUGCCAAUGCGUAGAUUUUGUCUGUCUUUUUUUAUGACGUAAAAAGAGAGACGUGUAGGUAGAAGUUCCAAAGUUUUUAUAAGUACAGAGAAAAAAUUAGAAAAAAAGUAUAAGUUUGCAAAAUAUAUACUAGCACAUUCCUGUACAAAUUCUCAGAGAUUCACUGUAACAUAACACCAUCGAAUGAUCAUAGAUCGAAAAAAAAAUUUAAUAACAAUCAUCGAAGGGAUCAUAUAUUAUAUUGAACUCUCCGGGAAGUCAGUGUGAAAAUGAAUUUUUCUAAACGCAAUUUUUGUAAAUUACCCAAAACAAAAUUAGAUAUUUCGUGGUAAUUGAUCAAAAGAAGAGAAUGCCUAAAAUUAUCAGAAAAAUAUUAAGUUAUAAUGUCAAAAACCGCGUGUAGAAAUUUUCAAUUUAACACUGGUUUUGGUAUUUCUCAAACAAUCAUCGAGUAUCAUAUUUUUCCAUUUUAGUUUUCAAAAAAAAUUAAAAAUUAAAUAAUUGUUAACAUUUUUACCGUACUGAGAAAAUCGCACAAUUAUACAGAGAUAAUAUGCAUUUGAUACAAUCAAACUAAAUCAGCUUAAAAAUAAUACUAUUACAGAACCUAUAGAGACUUCGAUCAAAUUGACACCAUAGUUCAUAUUCAUUUCUGGAAAAAUUCAUAAUAACUACCCUCGGGGCUGCACAAUAUACAAAAUCAUCAAUCAUUAUCGUGCAUUAUAAUUAUACAACCAAAUUUUAUGAAACUCGAUGUAUUGUGUGAGCAAACCUAAUCUCACCUUUUGUAAAUUAUUAAGGAGUACUUCGAUGAGGGUGAUAAAAUUGUAUUAUUAAAUACAUAAAAUUUAUUCAUGUAUUAAUUAGAGAAAAAAUGAAAAAUUUCAAGUGUGCAAUUAUAACUUUUUAGGAAUUAACUUGCAAACAAGAAUGUAAUUUAUACGUUAAUUUACAAUGAAGAAUAUUGUACGAAUAGUUUGUGAUAUUAGAUUAAAGAUCGGCAAUAUUGUUGGACAAUUUUCGACGAUAAAAGAAAACGAGUAUCUGUUUUUUAAAUUUUUCAUUCAAAAAUAAAGCGGCACAGGUGUAAACAGAAAUAGUUGCACAUUACGUUUUUCGAAAGCGGCAAAUUGCGAUAAUGUUAAACUGCACUGCGCUUGCGUUAAUUAUUUCUAGCUCGUACAAUGUUAUACAAUGCUUAAUUCCAUUUCCAGUUACAUCGUUUCGACCUCAUUAUUGAAUUAUGCACACAAAAGCGAUAAACGAUCGUCUCAUAUGCGCAUCAUGUAAUCUCCAAAGCUUCUGCUCUUUAAUACUAAUAGCUACUUCGAACAAUGAAAUCAUCGUUACACGUUGAUAGCUACUGAAAAAAGUAACCAAGCACGCUUUUAUGAUUAUUAUAAUAUGUGUAUUCGAAUCUUAUAACACUAUUCUACGAGAUCAUUAUAAGCGUAUAAAUACAUAUACAAUGUUUAAAUAUCAUCGCUAAGAUAUAUCUAUCAUCCUUGUAUGGGCAAAUAUCACUGAUUUAUAUAAUUUUUUUUAUUCACUUGUGUUUGCGAGGUGUACGAUGAUUCUUUUUGUCACAAUAGUGAAUCAAAUUUUUAAGAAAAAAUAAAUAAAAUGAAUGCAAGCACGUGAUUUAUUGUCGUGUGUAAGAUCUACAAAGCAAAAAUAUCAUGCAAUAUUUGUUACCUACGAAAGGAUCUUAUGCUCCAUAUAUUUUCAAAUUGUACGUUAAGUAAUAUUCUUAUGUCUAUACCUAUGUCUGUACAUUUGGUCCAUAGAUAAUAAAAUGUUAUGAAAACAUUAA